AUGAAGCCUCAGACCUCCAAGCAGUGCGUUGCCACAGAGCGCUGGUUUGCAAAGCCAGGAGUUCGAGAUGCACAAAACGCAAAAGUGCAUGUACGAAUGGCACACAAAUGGGAAGGACCAUUUCAACAGAAGAAAAAAAAUCAAGCCGAGACACCGCCCACACUCAGCUUUCGUUGUGUCACUCCUGAACUCAAUGACUCUGUACUAACAAUGGAGAACAACAUUCCUUGCUCAUGCGAUGUUCAAACCCUGCAAACUAUUGCCAUGAUAGUCAAUGGUUGGCAAAAGGAGUGGAAAUUCGACUCGGAAGCCACUUGGAACAAGGUGUACGGAGAAGCAUUCACAUUUGCGCAGAAAAGGGGGGAGCGAGUGACAACCGCUUUCCUUGAUGACUGUGAUGCUCAUGUUAGGGAGGGGAGGGCAAUACUAGACAGCAUCAGAGAAGUUGUGCACAUGAAUUUAUAUUGA